AUUGGUUUUGAUCUUUGAUUUUCACUCUAUUUGAAAUAUAAGAAGUUACUUUCGAAGUGGAAGAAUAAGUAAAGGGAGAAUCUUUUUUUAACUUAUUGUGUGGUGAAGCAUGCAUAAAGCUUUUCGAGACUGAACAGCCUUUUCUAUCCAUUGUUCAUAUCUUCUGGACGCAGAAGAGUAGUAGGCGUCGAUGGAGUCUGAAGGUGAAACUGGGCCCAUGAAGAAUGUGGGUGGACAGGUCUGCCAAAUAUGUGGUGAUAAUGUUGGCAAAACUGUGGCUGGUGAUCCAUUCAUUGCUUGCGAUGUUUGUGCAUUUCCAGUGUGUAGGCCUUGCUAUGAAUACGAGAGGAAGGAUGGGAAUCAGUCUUGCCCUCAAUGCAAAACCAGAUAUAAGAGACAGAAAGGUAGCCCUGCCAUUCUUGGUGAUAGAGAGGAAGAUGGUGACGGUGAUGCUGAUGAGGUUGCCAGUGAUUUCAAUUACUCAUCUGAAACUCAAAACCAGAAGCAGAAGAUUUCAGAACGCAUGUUGAGCUGGCAGAUGAGGUAUGGGCGAGGGGAGGAUGUUGGGGCUCCAAAUUAUGAUAAAGAGGUUUCUCAUAACCAUAUUCCUCUACUAACCAAUGGGCAUGAGGUUUCUGGAGAGCUGUCUGCUGCAUCACCUGAGCAUAUUUCUAUGGCAUCUCCUGGAGUUGGUGGUGGGAAGCGCAUCGAUCCUCUGCCUUAUCCAGCUGAUGUCAAUCAAUCACCUAAUAGGCCAGUGAGGGAGUUCGGUUCACCAGGACUUGGCAAUGUGGCCUGGAAAGAGAGAGUUGAUGGCUGGAAAAUGAAGCAGGAGAAGAAUGUUAUUCCUAUGAGCACUGGCCAAGCUCCUUCUGAAAGGGGAGUUGGAGACAUUGAUGCCAGCACUGAUGUUCUUGUGGAUGACUCUCUUUUGAAUGAUGAAGCUCGGCAACCUCUUUCAAGAAAGGUUUCCGUUCCAUCAUCUAGGAUUAAUCCAUACAGGAUGGUCAUUGUUUUGCGGCUGGCUAUCCUCUGCAUUUUCUUGCACUACCGAAUAACAAAUCCUGUGACUAAUGCAUAUCCAUUGUGGUUAAUAUCUGUGAUAUGUGAGAUUUGGUUUGCUAUGUCCUGGAUUUUGGAUCAGUUCCCAAAAUGGCUCCCUGUGAACCGGGAAACAUAUCUUGACAGGCUUGCUUUAAGAUAUGAUCGUGAGGGAGAACCUUCACAAUUAGCUGCAGUUGACAUUUUUGUCAGUACUGUGGACCCAUUGAAGGAGCCUCCUCUUGUGACGGCAAACACUGUGCUAUCCAUUCUUGCAGUUGACUAUCCAGUUGACAAGGUUUCUUGCUAUGUCUCUGAUGAUGGUGCUGCAAUGUUGACCUUUGAAGCUUUGUCUGAGACUUCAGAGUUUGCAAGGAAAUGGGUACCUUUCUGCAAGAAAUAUAACAUUGAGCCACGGGCUCCAGAAUGGUACUUUGCUCAGAAGAUUGACUACUUGAAAGACAAAGUUCAAACAUCAUUUGUAAAGGAUCGUAGAGCUAUGAAGAGAGAAUAUGAAGAAUUUAAAGUCCGUGUUAAUGGGCUUGUUGCAAAGGCACAAAAAGUUCCUGAGGAAGGAUGGAUUAUGCAAGAUGGUACCCCAUGGCCAGGAAAUAACACCAGAGACCAUCCUGGAAUGAUCCAGGUUUUCUUAGGCCAAAAUGGAGGUCUUGAUGCUGAGGGUAAUGAGCUGCCACGGCUAGUUUAUGUUUCUCGUGAAAAGCGUCCAGGCUUUCAACACCACAAGAAAGCUGGUGCAAUGAAUGCACUUGUCAGAGUUUCAGCUGUUCUUACUAAUGGACCUUUCCUGCUGAAUCUUGAUUGUGAUCACUACAUAAACAACAGCAAAGCUUUGAGGGAAGCUAUGUGUUUCAUGAUGGAUCCCAAUCUUGGAAAACAUGUCUGUUAUGUUCAGUUUCCCCAGAGAUUUGAUGGUAUUGAUAGGAAUGAUCGAUAUGCCAAUCGCAACACUGUUUUCUUUGAUAUAAACUUGAGGGGUUUGGAUGGUAUUCAAGGCCCUGUUUAUGUGGGUACUGGAUGUGUCUUCAAUAGAACAGCCUUGUAUGGCUAUGAACCUCCUCUUAAACCCAAGCAUAAGAAACCUGGGUUUCUAUCUUCUCUCUGUGGUGGAUCACGAAAGAAGAGUUCAAACUCAAGUAAAAAGGGUUCAGACAAAAAGAAAUCUGGAAAGAAUGUUGAUCCCACUGUGCCAAUUUUCAGCCUGGAAGAUAUAGAAGAGGGGGUUGAAGGUGCUGGAUUUGAUGAUGAGAAGUCACUACUAAUGUCACAAAUGAGCCUGGAAAAAAGGUUUGGCCAGUCUGCUGUUUUUGUUGCUUCCACACUAAUGGAGAAUGGUGGUGUUCCUCAGUCUGCAACACCAGAGACUCUUCUUAAAGAGGCUAUUCAUGUUAUCAGCUGUGGGUAUGAGGACAAAACAGAUUGGGGAAGCGAGAUUGGAUGGAUCUAUGGUUCUGUUACAGAAGAUAUUCUUACUGGAUUUAAGAUGCAUGCCCGUGGUUGGCGGUCAAUUUACUGCAUGCCCAAGUCCAGUUUUAAAGAGUCUAAUCCGAUUAAUCUUUCAGAUUGUUUGAACCAAGUGCUUUGUUGGACUUUGAGUUUAGUAGAGAUUCUUUUCAGUCGGCAUUGUCCAAUUUGGUAUGGUUAUGGUGGUAGACUGAAAUGGCUAGAGAGGUUCGCAUAUAUAAACACUACAAUUUAUCCCAUCACAGCCAUUCCUCUUCUCAUGUACUGCACACUCCCAGCUGUCUGUCUACUUACAAACAAGUUCAUUAUUCCACAGAUUAGUAACCUUGCAAGUAUAUGGUUUAUAUCUCUCUUUCUUUCCAUCUUUGCAACUGGUAUUUUGGAAAUGAGAUGGAGCGGUGUCGGAAUUGAUGAAUGGUGGAGAAAUGAACAGUUUUGGGUCAUCGGAGGAGUUUCAGCCCAUCUUUUUGCUGUUUUCCAAGGUCUGCUUAAAGUACUUGCUGGCAUUGACACCAAUUUCACCGUCACCUCCAAGGCAUCGGACGAGGAUGGAGACUUUGCCGAACUUUACAUGUUCAAAUGGACAACUCUUUUAAUCCCACCAACCACUCUCCUCAUCGUUAACAUAGUAGGCGUCGUUGCCGGAAUAUCCUAUGCUAUUAACAGUGGUUAUCAAUCAUGGGGUCCUCUUUUCGGCAAGCUUUUCUUCGCCUUCUGGGUGAUUGUCCAUCUUUAUCCAUUCCUUAAAGGUUUGAUGGGUCGCCAGAACCGAACACCGACCAUUGUCGUUGUCUGGUCUAUUCUCCUUGCUUCCAUUUUCUCUCUCUUAUGGGUAAGAGUUGAUCCAUUCACUACAAGCGUAACAGGUCCUGAUGUGCAGCAAUGUGGAAUCAACUGUUAAAAGAGAAAAUCUGAAACUUCCACAAAGGAAGUGAAGUUGUUAUGCAAAUCUUGCAUUUUUUUUUUUUUUUGUGAUCUUUUGGUCUGUGAAUUUACAUCUCUGUGCAGAUUAUAGGUGGUCAUAUUAAAUUAAAUUAUAUUGUUGUUCCAUGAGUGAUCAAAACUGUACUAUUGUGGAUAUAUGAAGUUAUGGAUAGUACUUAAUCUAGUGGAACAAAGAUUCUAUUUAUUCUGUAACUUUACAUGUUCACAAGCAAA